AUGGAGCUAAGCCUAAGAUCAAGAAUUCUUGUUUUCUUUCUUGGAUUGUUUGUAUCUACGCCAAAUUAUAUUAAGCUCAGUUCUGGCGAAGUUUGCAAUAAACAAGAAGUAAAAUCUCUUCUAACUUUCAAAAAAGAUCUAAAAGAUCCAUCAAGUCAACUCUCUUCUUGGUCUGGUGAAGAUUGUUGCAAAUGGAAUGGAGUCAUAUGCAACAACAAAACUCAAAUUGUUGAACUCAAUCUUCAAAGUUUUAUGCUGGGUGGAGAAUUAAGUACAUCUUUGCAAGAGCUAAAGCAGCUCGAGCAGUUGGACUUGAGUUCAAAUGAUUUUCAAGGAAUUCAAAUACCAUCUUUCUUGGGUUCACUUCAAAACUUGAGAUAUCUUAAUUUAUCUAGAGCAGGCUUUGAUGGCACGAUUCCAUAUCAACUUGGCAACUUAUCGAAUCUUCGGUAUCUUGAUAUCAGCAGUUCCGUUCGCUAUGACUUAACUGCUACGGAUGAUCUUCAAUGGAUUUCUCGUCUUUCUUCUCUUCAGCACCUUGACAUGAGCGGUGUUAAUCUUAGUAGCGUAACUAAAUGGUUUCAUACAGUUAACAUGCUUCCAUAUUUAUUAGAAUUGCGAUUGUCGGCUUCUAAACUAGGUAACUCAUCGAUACCUUCACAUUCGUUCAUAAAUUUUACAUCACUUACAGUUCUUGAUCUUUCCCAAAACUAUAUAAUAAGUUCUUUACCAGAAUGGUUAUAUAAUCUCAGUAGUCUUGUUCAGCUUAAUCUGAAUUUCAAUAAUUUUGGAGGAGCAAUUUCGAAGGAUAUUAGUCAGUUGACUUCACUUACUAGCCUUGAAUUAAGUGCUAAUGAGCUCGAGGGCGAGGCACCGACAACUAUGAGAAACUUGUGUAACUUGCAGGUAAUGGACUUGUCUGGAAACAAAUUCCGCGGAGAAAUAUCUGGUUUUCUGAAAGGUACAUCUUCAUGUCUUUCUGGUAGUUUGAGAUUCUUAAGUUUGGAGGUGAAUCAAUUUACAGGUCCAUUGCCUGAUCAUUUAGGAAACCUCCAUAAGCUAGAGUACCUCUCUCUCAAGAAUAACGAGUUUUCGGGUCCAAUUCCAUUCUCCUUGGGAAGAUUAUCAUUGUUGAAGAAAUUAGAUCUCCGCUAUAAUCAACUAAAUGGGUCUUUACCCGCGAGUAUCCAUAAUCUCUCAAAAUUAGAAGCUCUGAGAACCAGUUAUAAUUCCUUGGAAGGUGUUCUCACAGAAGCUCAUUUCGACAAUCUUGCAAAACUGCAAACAAUAGAAAUGGAUUCUUUAGUUAUAAAAUUCAGCCAACGAUGGAAUCCCCCUUUUCAACUCAUAGGUGCAUCAUUUAGAAGUUGUCAGUUAGGACCUCAAUUCCCCAAAUGGUUACAAACACAAACCAUUCUAGAGGAAAUCAACUUGUCUAGUACGGGAAUUGCGAGUACAGUUCCUACCUGGUUUUGGAACAUGACUUCGCAAUUCACUUAUUUGAAUCUAUCCAACAACCAGAUAACAGGAGAGUUACCAAAGUUGUUCAAGUCUAGUCCCUUUUCAGCUGGAAUUUACUUGAAUUCCAAUCAGUUUACGGGCCAGUUACCACGUAUCUCGUCUGAUAUAAGAGAACUAGAUCUUUCCAACAAUUCAUUUUCGGGUACUAUUUCUAAGUUGCUAUGUGAUCAGGUGAAUGCAAAUCGGUUAAAAGUGCUUGAUCUCUCAAGAAAUCUCCUAUCUGGAGAAAUUCCACAAUGUUGGAUGUACUGGAGGUCUUUGAAAUUGGUAAGAUUGGGAAGCAACAACUUAACAGGAAAGAUUCCAAGCUCAAUGGGUAAACUAAUUUUACUUCAAUCUUUACACUUGCGUAAUAAUUCUCUCACCGGAGAAUUACCUUUGUCGUUACAAAACUGUACCGAGUUGAGAACCAUGGAUCUUGGUGAGAACAGGUUCGAGGGGAACAUACCAACAUGGUUGGGAGAAAGUUACCCGAACCUCAUAGUUCUUCGACUACGUUUAAAUAAGUUUCGUGGUGGUAUUCCUCCAGAGCUUUGUUAUCUACCUUCACUUCAACUAUUGGACCUUGCACAUAACAAUCUGUCAGGAUCAAUCCCAAGGUGUUUCAGCAACUUCAGUGGCAUGGCAUCGCAACAAAAUUCGAGUACUCGAAUAUUUUAUUCGAUUGUUUAUGGAGAAUUCGUGGAGACUGGAUUAUUAGUAACAAAAGGAAGAGAAUUUGAAUACAGUAACACUCUUACUCUUGUUACUAGUAUGGAUCUUUCGAAAAACAGAUUAUCCGGUGAUAUACCGAAUGAGAUAACAACUCUUGUCGGCUUGCGGUCAUUGAACUUGUCAGAGAACAAAUUUGUUGGAGGAAUUCCACAGCAAAUUGGAAAAAUGAGCUUACUGGAGUCACUUGAUUUCUCAAAUAACAAUCUUUCAGGAUCAAUCCCUCGGAGUAUAUUGGACUUAAACUUUUUAAGUCACUUGAAUUUGUCAUACAAUAACUUGUCAGGGAGAAUUCCAUUGAACCCACAAUUACAAGGGCUUACCGAAUGGAGUUACAUUGGUAACACUGGAUUAUGUGGUCUUCCAUUUCUCAAUAGUUGUACAAAUGGCGAUGAAGAAUCCAAAAAUACUAAUGGUAGAAGUGUAAAAGAAGAAAAUGAAGAUGAUGAUUGGAUUGAGACGAAAUGGUUUUAUCUCAGUUUGAUACUGGGUCUUGUAAUAGGAGUAUGGGGUUUUUGUGGUUUUUUUGUGUUGAAGAAAUCUUGGAGAUAUGCUUAUUUUGGGUCCAUCGAAAAUAUGACUGUUAAUGUCAUAAACUAUUUCUGUCACUCAAAAACAAGGUAGUCCAUUAGAUUGUAAUGAGCACUGCUAUGAAUCUUGCAAUGAUAG